UUUAUUCUAGGUGGAGCCGUCUGGACAAAAGUUUUGCAUUUUUAUUACAAAUCUUGCAAGCGUCCGGAUCGGUAGUGGUUUUGCGAACAGUGCAAAAUUGUGAGUAAUUUUUUGUGGGUGCUAAGUGUUUGCCAAACCCUGGCAGGUGUACAGAGUUUGGCGUUUGUGACAUAUUGUUGUUUUGAUUGAGUGCUAGUGCACUUGAAGUGAUAACCCAGACGAAGCGGCUCUUGUUGUCAGUGCAAAGGACAGUGUUGAAUUCUGUCAAAUUUCAACUGGUGUUUGACAAAAACAGACGUAUUUUUUGUGCUGAUUGAAGUGCAUCUAUUCAAACGCUAGAAAUGGAAGAGGACAACAAAAAACCGUACAAGAUCAAAGACGUGACUCGGGCCAUCAAAAAGGCCGUCGUAGCCGGCACGCUGGACGAGGUCCGGGCAAAGGCGGCGGAAAAGUUUGGAACCACCGAGCUGCCUAACAUCCACCUGGACUCGGACGGAACGGAGGUGGACGACGAGGACUACUUCCAGACGCUGGAACCGAACGCCGAGCUGAUCGUGGUCUUCCCCGGCGAGCAGUGGAUCGAUCCAACCCACUUCGUGACAAUAACGACCCACAAGGAGUCCGGCAGCGGCGGCGACACCACGGACAGCCCCGAGGUCGAGCGGAUACACCUGAAAAAGCUGGUCGCCCAGAUGAAGUCGAACCUGUGCAACGUGUCGGUGCUGAGCGAACCCGACCUCGAACUGCUCUCGAACAUGGACCCCAACUCGGUCGCGGACAUCACCGGCCGGGACUUUAUCGAGCAACUCAAGGAAGCAUCAGGCAGAAUCCUGCAUGAAAAGCGACAGGCUCUUGACGCAAUUGAGCUGCUAAAGUUGAUCGCCAAGCAGAAGGCGUCCAUCCCGAGCGUGGUCCACAACAUCCCCGGCGGUGACCCGGCGGCCUACGACGGAAAUGGCGACGACACGGACGACGACGAAACGAGCAGCUGUUACGUGGACGAGGAGGGCAUCGAGCGCAGAAUUGGCGGCGGAGUUCGAAAUUCCGCGGCGGUGGACGACAUCGAUGGCAACGGUAUGGCGACGACGACGACAGUAGGUAGUGGUCAGCAGAUUACCCUAGAACUGGAUCCCCGAACACUAGCCACUAUCCAAAGCCAGCAGCAUCAACAGCUGUCACUUAGUGCUUCAACCAACCCUGCCGACCUUGAGAAUGCUUCCGGGCGGACCGAAACGUCGAACAUUUGAUAUAUGGUUUACCAUCUUAGUUUUUGCCAAAAGUAAGUUUUUGCCGCACAUUUUGGGGUUUUUUGUAUUGAAAUUUGUUGUACAAAUUGUGGUUUGUGAUUGAGCUCCGACUGGGAGUUUCGCAAGUCCCUGCAACAGGGCAAAAACCGUUUGCAGAACCGAUCGUGAUCGAACGAAAAUCAAAACAUCGUUUUACGAGCCAGGAAACAAAAUCGCGUUGAAAUUCAGAGAAUGUAACAAAAAGUAACGCUGUAAAAUAAUCUCUGCCCAAAAAUACGAAUUGCCUUACUUUAGUUGAGUAAUGAUUAAAUGGAAGAAACGCUCAAGUCACCACAGUUCACACACAUAUGCCAAGUCAAGCUCCAAGUCCAACAAUGAGGUCGCCUUGAACCACCGCAGCAUGGCCACUAAAACUAUAAAGUCCCGCCCUCACCCUCUGGGGACCCAUUUCAUCCCCGAAUGAUGAGCUCAUUAGGCUGUCCAAACUGCCACCACACCACCGGUCUAAUCUCGUAAAGUUGGCCGCUUUCUCUCGUGAAUCAUUUAUCCUGACCCUCUGGAAUAACGGGAUGAUGGCGUGGGAAAAAUGGACAUAAGUUUAAAGCUUUGAGAGUUGGAAAACUUCAAAGCUCAACAAAACAGAUAAACUACCGUGUGACUCCAUUGAAAUCUUUGCGAUCAAAAUUAUUUGAUGGAGUUCAUCAAUUUACACCAAAUCCCAUUGUACACCGUGUGCUUUCAUCAUCCCCGAGCCCUAUUGGGAAAACCAUUAGACCUUGCCAUAUUUUUGGCCCUCGGACCCGGUUUUACGACGGUCCUCGUCGUCGUGGCUUACCCCGGGAACACGUGUUGGGCGACGUUUCUCGUUUAUAUUUCACUUUCCACCGUCUUUCUGCUGGCGGGGUUUGUGUUUUCAUUUCGAGACCAAGCCCACCGUGAUGAUGGCCCAAAGAUAUUUUCAGCAACGUUUUUCGCCGUUUUGCGUUUUCUUGCCUGAGACGGAAGGGGGAGGGGGGGUAGGUGUGCAAUUAAAAUGUUUACCUUUUGGGGGCUUGAUUUUUCGGGCAAGCAUUUUCGGGAAUGUAAUAAAGACAUGAUGGUUAUUUGUUAAUUAACGUUAAGCAAACAGCACCAUCGAAAUUCUUGGCCAAAACUUGUAAAAAGAAUUGUUCGUAUAUAUUUUCUAAGUAUCAUAUCACUUAUUACAAAUCCACAUUAUUUUCCACAUUGAAAAAAAA